AUGUAUACAUAUUUUAAUGCUUUUGGAAUAUCAGUCGAUCGUUUAUUAGUUAAACAUGGAGCUAAACGAUUUCGAGCAACUUCUUUAGGCGAUGAACUAGAUGAGUUAGAAAGUGCUUUUGUAGCUUGGAGAGAUCAACUGACCUCAUCAAUGACUAACUUUUUUGAUAUGGAUAAUGGCCGAGACUGUUUGAACAAGCAAUAUGAGGGAAUAUACUUUUUGAAGCGUACAACUUGGAAUCUACCGCUUAUUCCCCACUACAUUAAAUUAUUCAUAAGCAGGACUUAUGUACAGAAAACGUUGUGA